AAGGCGCGGGCGUCAGCUGACCGAGCCGCCGUCUCCAGAGCCGAUUUAGCUCCGGAGCCCCAGCCAGUCCGUCGUCGCCGUCGCCGUCGCCGCCGCCAUGGCUCAGUACAAGGGUGCCGCCAGCGAGGCGGGCCGCGCCAUGCACCUCAUGAAGAAGCGGGAGAAGCAGCGCGAGCAGAUGGAGCAGAUGAAGCAGAGGAUUGCUGAGGAGAACAUAAUGAAGUCCAACAUUGACAAGAAGUUCUCUGCACACUACGACGCCGUGGAGGCUGAGCUCAAGUCCAGCACUGUGGGUCUUGUGACCCUUAACGACAUGAAGGCCAAGCAGGAGGCGCUGGUGAAGGAGCGGGAGAAGCAACUUGCCAAGAAGGAGCAGUCGAAAGAGCUGCAGCUGAAGCUGGAGAAGCUGCGAGAAAAGGAGCGCAAGAAGGAGGCCAAGCGGAAGAUCUCCAGCUUGUCCUUCACCCUGGAGGAAGAAGAGGAGGCAGGCGAGGAGGAGGAGGAGGUGCUGGCCGUGGACGAGGAGGAGCUGGAAAGGGAAGAGAUCACCACAAAGAAGAGGAAAAUGGGGAAGAACCCAGAUGUGGACACAAGCUUCUUGCCUGACCGAGACCGGGAGGAGGAGGAGAAUCGGCUCCGGGAGGAGCUACGGCAAGAGUGGGAAGCCAAGCAGGAGAAGAUUAAGAGUGAGGAGAUUGAGAUCACUUUCAGUUACUGGGAUGGCUCUGGGCACCGGCGCACAGUCAAGAUGAAGAAGGGCAACACGAUGCAGCAAUUCCUGCAGAAGGCACUCGAGAUCCUGCGCAAAGAUUUCAGCGAACUCAGAUCGGCAGGGGUGGAGCAGCUCAUGUACAUCAAGGAGGACUUAAUCAUACCCCAUCACCACAGCUUCUACGACUUCAUCGUCACCAAGGCUAGAGGGAAAAGUGGGCCCCUCUUCAAUUUUGAUGUUCACGAUGAUGUGAGGCUGCUCAGUGACGCCACCGUGGAGAAGGAUGAGUCGCAUGCAGGCAAGGUGGUGCUGCGGAGCUGGUAUGAGAAAAACAAGCACAUCUUCCCCGCCAGCCGCUGGGAGCCCUACGACCCCGAGAAGAAGUGGGACAAGUACACGAUCCGAUGACGUGGUGGCAGUGUGGCCCCGGCUCCCUGUGGUCCCCUCCUCUGGUCCCUAGGACUCCGGGCACCCGGCUCCCUGCUCCUGAGAUAGGAUCGGACCUGCUCAGCCCCUGCCCUGGCGCUGUUGGUUCCUGCCUGUUUCUUUCAUGACACUUGGAUCACCCGAUGUGUGUUUUGUCUAAAAACUUUUUUUGAUCGAGCUAAAAUUCACAUACAAUGAAAUUCACCAUUGUGACCGUGUGAAAGUACACCACACAGGGAUAUUGUGUACAUUCACAGUAUUGUGAAUCAUCCCUGAAGGAGACCUCACGUCCAUUAGCAGCCAGCCCCUCAUAUCCCUAAGUCUAUUUCCUGUCUGUUUGGAUUUGCUUAUUCUGGAAGUUUUGAUUAACAGAAUUAUACAGUAUCUCUGCUUUC